AACGUUUACCAACACUUAAGUCAAAAAAAAUUUUCGCUUUCGUUCGCGUCUGAUAUCAGGAUUUUAUCAAGAAUUUAUCAGAUAUCUAUAUGUAUAUGAAUUCAUUGACCAAGCGUCGUCAAAAUCGAUUGAAAAGGAAUAAACAAGAUACCAAACUGGACACGUCUAACUGUUAGGAUACAAUAAAAAACAAGGAAACAUAAGUUUUAGUUGACGCCGAAAAUCAAAGCCGUCGACCAGCCAUCCCCCCGCCGCCGCCGUAGCACCACAGAGAGUAUCAUCAGUACUUGCACCUUUCCCCAUCUCACCUCAUUCACACCAUGUCACGCAGCGUGCGCGCCGAGACACGCAGCCGGGCCAAGGAUGACAUCAAGCGUGUGAUGCAGGCGGUGGACAAGGUUCGCCAUUGGGAAAAGAAAUGGGUCACUAUCAGCGAUACGACAAUGAAGAUUUACAAAUGGGUUCCCAUCUCGUCCAACAGUGAAAAGAAAUCUAAACUGCAAUUAAGUAACAAGCUCAGUGACAAGGAGAAUUCGCUAAAAGGCACACCCACACCGCCACAAAUAACACCCAGUUAUGCGGGUCUCACGGCGGAGGAUUCAAAUACCUGUUUUUCCGUAGUCUCGGAUAGUCAGGGAGCCGAUUUUGUUAGCAGCAUGCCCUUCUCCGAGGAUUCGAAUUCACAAGGCAGCGAUGGUCCUGUGAAACGUCUGAAAACGAGUGAUUAACCCUUUCCCAUAUGUCUCUCGCCGCCAUUAACCUCCGUACCAGCACUACCAGCAGCCGCGAUCCCAACUCUGGUCCCAGUUCCGGUUUCAGAUCCAGAACCCGUCCCAACCACAGCCCCAGAUCCAUCUGCAGUCGCAGUAGACCCAAUGACACUGACGAUGACGACUUUUAACCAAUCAAUUUACAAUUAAUUUCAUUGACAUGAAUUUCUUCUUAUUAUUUUCCUCAUUCUAUUUUUUUUCUUGCUUCUGUGUAUGCGAUUAGAGUUUAAGAUGGAAAUGUCUCUUAGAUAUGGAGAGAUUGCAUUAUUCAGUACAUAAUUUAUUAAGAUUAGUGUGUAUUUCCUUUUCGUUUGGCUAGUUGUUAAGAUCUUUAACUUUAAGGCGAAAACUUCCCCAACCCGCUUCCCCCGUUUUUUACUCCCACACUGUCACUUGAAAGACUUAAGGCUAUUUAAUAUUUAAUAUUACGACGAAUUCUUUAAAUUAAUCAUAGGCUCGAUUUACAAUAGGAUAAGUAAAUUUAUUUAUUUGUUUCAUCAAGCUAAAAUAUUUACUCUCUAUAUCUCUCUUUACUUAAGAGCAAGAAAUGCUCGUAAUUUUU